AGUAUUUAUACCAGCUGUCUCAUACACUGUAUUUUAUGUCGUCGGGUUAUUUAGUGUUUUGACGAACUGUUCUGUAGAAGCGUAUAUGCAUAUUACAUGACAGUAGCGUGUAUCUAGAUGCUGAGUGUAACUUUGUACUCUAAAAAUGGAAAGUACACGAUGCCAAAGUGUAUCGCGCAAAAGAUACUUUGCUUAAUAAACGAUGGAAGCGUAACGUGACGCUGAAGGGUUUGGUCCUGUUUGGCUCGGUUAAGUUUUAGCUUAUCUUUAGGGACUAUUACUAGUUGCAAACUUGUUCACCUUAGUAUUUGUGCAUACGAUCGCGUAUAUAGCUUGUUAUGUACAUAUAAGUCCUCCGGGUGCAUCCACUUUCCACGGAAUUAGACUCAACGUGAACUUGCAACGAACGUGUAAUUAGAUGCGAGAGGAAGAAGGGACAGCAGUAUGAAAGUGGCGAGUGGUUGGAGAGUGAAAAGGAAGAUAAGUGAAAUAGAAUAAGAUUGUCAGAGUGUGGAAGACAGACAGGAAUAAGAAGGAGACAAGGCGAGGCAUAAUCGUCGUGGGAAAUUACGACGCACGAUUUACGCUGGAUCCAUGAUCGUGGCAGAAUGGUGGAUCGCGAGAAAGCCCUCACGGUGGUGGUGCUCGCCCUGCUGAUCUAUCCGAAUCAGAAUUUUGGCGGCGCCUUUCAACCUGAGUUCUUAUCGCCUAUUGCCAAUCUGACGGUGGCACGUGGUCGCGAUGCUACGUUCACCUGUCUCGUGAGCCACCUUGGCGGAUACAGGGUCGGUUGGGUUAAGGCUGACACCAAAGCCAUUCAGGCCAUCCACGAUCACGUUAUAACGCAUAAUCCACGCGUUUCCGUGUCCCACGGUGACCAUUCGACCUGGAGCUUACACAUCAGGGGCGUUCAGCUGGAGGACGCCGGAGUUUACAUGUGUCAGAUUAACACGGAUCCAAUGAAAAGCCAGACGGGGACACUCUCGGUUCAGGUGCCACCUGAAUUUGUCGACGAGGAAACCUCCAGGGACGUCAUGAUCAGCGAGGGUGGUCAGGUAAAGUUGACUUGCCGUGCUCAGGGCAUACCGACGCCGCGCGUCAUGUGGCGCCGAGAGGGUGGAAGGGAAAUUAUAAUUCGCGAGGCGUUCGGCGCCAGUACUCUCGGCCAGAAAACACGUGGAAAAGCAGAUAAAAAUGUGCGAAUGGAAGUACGGAAGUGGAUGAGCGCCAAAUCGAUCCACGUGAGUUCCGUGGCGCAGUUUCAGGGUGAAAUCUUGAAACUGACUAAGAUCACAAGAGGCGAGAUGGGAGCUUAUUUGUGCAUCGCCAGCAAUGGCGUUCCGCCAUCUAUAAGUAAACGUAUCACGGUUAAUGUUCACUUUCCCCCGGUGAUUCACGUACCCAAUCAACUGGUUGGAGCACCCCUUGGAACUGAUGUGGCUCUGGAAUGUUUCGUGGAGGCCUUCCCCAAGUCGAUCAAUUAUUGGGUCAAGGAUAAUGGAGCUAUGAUCAUCUCCAGCUCGAGACACGAGGUUCAGGCACUGGCGAAUUCGACCUUCGAGGUCAGGAUGACGCUGACCAUACGCAAUCUUCAGAAACAGGAUGUCGGCUCUUAUAGGUGCGCUGCGAAAAAUUCUUUGGGCGAGGUCGAGAGCAGUAUUCGAUUGUACGAAAUUUCAAUGCCGCAAAAGGCCCAAACGGCGACGCGACCGAUAUUCUCGGACGAGGAGGAGGACGAGGGAUCGGCGUCGGAACCGGAAAUCGGAGAGAGCGGAAGUCGUUCGCCCUAUUCGUUGGACAAUACUGUACACGGACAUGUGGGUCAUCAUACGCCGUCGGCAUCGCCGGCUCUGAAGACUCUGAAGAAGAGGCCUCAGAAUUCAUUGACAUCAGCGGGAAUAGUAUCGAGAGUACGUGGAAACGCGAUUCUUGUUGUUUUCGCGAUUUUGUUUCGCUGGUAAAUCCGCCAGAUGGCGAUAAUGAAUUGGCACAGGGUUUUCAUAUCGAUAUUUUGCACUCGUCUGCCCAGGGUAUGUGGCAGAGGGUUGCGAAUGAAUUAAGAGGGAUGUAAAAUGGCAAAGGACGAAGAACACCAGUGUGAAUAUUUAUUUUUAUUUCUCUUUCUCUCUCUCUCUCGCUUGUGAUUCGUCGCCGUCUAACGGCAGUAGCAAGUGUCGCCGUCUGGCGGCGAAUCACGAGAAUUCUAAUUUUUGGGACCUACGGUCAGAUAUUGUUUGUCUUCGGUGGCGAUGUAUCGUCUUCCCUGAGUGGCUUACCAUUUCUAGUUGUAAUAAAAAUGUGUAUAAUGUU